AUGAUCAUCAACGCGAUGAUCCGAGUGCUCGCCGUGCUCCCGCUGGGAUUUUCCUGCUUGUCGCCUUUCCAAGAGAAGUUUCUCAGAGCUUUGGAUCCAGAAGAUGUUUUCUCAUAUUUUGGCACCAACUCGGUUUCUGAUGUUCCUGAGUUCGUUGUUGCUCAGCCAACUUGCCCUUGCAAAGAAGAGCAGAUCAGCCUGGUGUCAUCGUGUCGGAUUCAGCACUGCUCCAUUGAGGCCUGGGGACAUCUCUAUGCUUUCGAGUUCCUGGAGGAUCGUGGCCUCCUGUCUGCUUCCUUCACGAGCAAUCACAUGGUGAACUCGUCCUUCAGCCUGCUGAGGCAACGCUCAGGCAACUGCUUUGCAGGUGGAAAUCCACUGUACCCUCCAGGGGCCAAGUGUAGAGUCACUUACUGUGAGGGGCAGCUGCAAGGGGUCAUCAUUGCAGAUGAGGAAAAGCUUCAUAUCAGACCUGUCAGAAGUGAGGAUGUUGCCCUGCUGCAGGACCUUGGCUUCUCCAGACCCCACAUUAUCUUUAGAAGUGCUGGAAGAGGGGCGAAUUCCUCAAGAGGGCAGUCUCCUCGCCUGCAGAAGAGGGCCGAGGCAGCUGUCAAACAUCUGGAGCUAAUGGUGGUAGCAGGUCCUGACGUUUACUCACACCACAAGGAGGACACGGAGCGGUACAUUCUCACCAACCUCAACAUUGGAGCAGAGCUGCUGAGAGAUGCUUCACUGGGUGUUCAUUUCAGGGUCCACCUGAUGCAAAUGAUUGUUUUGAGGGAACCAGAGAUGGGGAUCAACAUCACAACAAAUAUCACCUCCUCGCUGAUCAGUGUCUGUGAAUGGAGCAAGAAAGUCAAUCCCCAGAAUGACUCUGAUCCCCAGCACGCUGAUGUUGUCCUCUAUGUGACCAGGUUUGACCUGGAGUUACCUGAUGGGAACAAGGAGCUACGUGGAGUGACCCAUUUAGGUGGAGUCUGUUCCUCCUUCUGGAGCUGCGUUAUUACCCAGGACACAGGUUUUGACCUGGGAGUCACCAUAGCCCAUGAAAUCGGGCACAGUCUUGGAAUUCCCCAUGAUGGAGAGGGAAAUCGCUGCAGUAGCAGCGGCUACAUCAUGGGUUCAGCAGGAAACCACAACAGUGUUGACCUUACCUGGUCACAGUGUAGCCAGGAAGAAUUCCUGGCCUUCGUCAGCACAGGCCAAACAAACUGCUUGAACGACCUGCCGGACAUGGAGGGCGGCAUCCCUGGGUGGAAGCCUGGUUUGUACUAUGGAGCGGAUGAGCAGUGUAAAAUCGCCUUUGGGAACGUCGCCUCGGCGUGCACCUUUGCUGACAGCAAUGUUGACAUAUGUAAGGUUCUCUCAUGCCACGUGCAACCAGGAGACAAAUCCAGCUGCACUCGGCUUCUUGUUCCCCUCCUGGAUGGUACCGAGUGUGGAAUCAACAAGUGGUGCUCCAAGGGCCGGUGCAGCUCUCUGGAAGAGCUGAACCCCCUGUCUGUCGUGCAUGGGCAGUGGUCCAGCUGGAGCCCCUUCUCCUCCUGCUCUCGCAGCUGUGGAGGGGGAGUGGUAACGAGGCAGCGGUUUUGCAACAACCCCAGGCCUGCUUUUGGGGGGCAAGAAUGCCAAGGACCUGGCAUCCAAGUGGAGAUGUGCAAUACCCAGGCCUGUCUGAUGAGCCAGCUGGACUUCAUGGCUGAGCAAUGUGCAGCAACAAAUUCAAAGCCUUUGGCUGUCACCGCAGGAGCGCCAUCCUUUUAUACCUGGACGACUUCUGUUGGAUUUGCCAAAGGGGACUUGCUAUGCAAGCACGUGUGCAGAGCAGUGGGAAAAGAAUUCAUGGUAAGCCGUGCAGCUAGUUUCAUAGAUGGAACCAGAUGUGAGCAGGAUGACCCUGAACACCAUGGGACUUUCCAUCUGUGUGUCGUGGGAAGCUGCAAAGUAUUCGGGUGUGAUGGUCAGAUGGACUCCAAGAAGACAAUGGACUCUUGUAAGGUCUGUGGGGGUGAUAAUACCACAUGCACCAAAGUGAGUGGAUCUUAUGCAGAAGGAAAAGCUAAAGAGUACGUCACUUUUCUGUCCCUGCCUUACAACAGUACCUUCAUCCGUGUUAUCAAUCGGAAACCCCUCUUCACACAUUUGGCUGUGAAAGUUAAAGGCGAGUAUGUGGUUGCUGGAAAGGGAAAGAUCUCAUUGAAUGUCACCUAUCCGUCUGCUCUGGAGGACAGCCAGAUCAAAUACAAAGUGUUUCUCACCAAGGGCAACUUGCCAAGCCUCGAAGAAGUCCAUGUGGACGGGCCAACCCAAGAGGAAAUUGAGAUACAGGUCUAUAGAAGAUAUGCAAAAGAAUAUGGCAAUGCCACCAAUCCAGACAUCACCUUCAGCUACUUUGUGCCAAAAGAGGACCCAUCGUAUGUGUGGAUUCCUCAGAAGGGGCAAUGCUCUGUGACCUGUGGGGAAGGGACUCGCCUGGUGGAUCACGUGUGCUUUGACCAGACAAAGAAUGAAACAACAGAGGAUCAGCAGUGUCUGGGGCUCCCACAGCCCCACUCAGAGCAGGAGCCCUGUGCCAUGGGACCGUGUCCAUGUCUGUACAGGUGGAAGAAAUCUGAAAGAGAUGAGUGCUCUGCUGUCUGUGGAACUGGAGUUGCUCAGCAGAACCUGACCUGUGUUCAGUCUUGUGAUGCAUUGGAGACUGUCGUGGACCACAGCUUGUGUGCAGCAGAAGAAAAACCCCUCUCUGUUGUGCCGUGCGUGGUUAAUGUCUGCCCUUUAGGCUGGGACAAAGAGGAAGACACACGCUUGCUGCAGCCUUUGGAGUCGUUUGGGCAUAUCCAGCUGGAAAAUCAGCCUGUGUAUGUCUGGAGCCCUCUGUCUGGAGAGUGUUCUGUCUCCUGUGGUCAAGGUACAACUCGGCUACAAUACGUAUGUGUGGCAUUUGACACCAAAGGAGAAACGCAAGAAGAAAAAUGUCACCCAGUGGCAAAGCCAGAGAGCAGGAUAGAAGUUUGCAAUGCUCAUCCCUGCCCACCAAGGUGGCAGUACAAAAUGGGCGCGUGCAGUGUCAGCUGUGGAGGAGGAGUGAUGCACAAGGUCCUCUACUGCGCGAGGGAGACGGGGGACAAGGAGGAAGAGGUGGUAGCAGAUGCCCAGUGCGAUGCUUUGCCUCGCCCGGAGGAGCAGGAGCCGUGUCAUUUGGAGCCGUGUCCUCCAAGGUGGAAGGCAGCCCCAGUUGGCCCCUGUUCCUCCACCUGUGGACCUGGCUUAGCUGUUCAGCAGGUGACCUGUGUUCAGAUGCACCAAGGCCAGGAGAUGCUGUUGGAAGAUCACUUAUGUCCGGCGUCGGAGAAGCCCCUUACCAGCAUCCCCUGUGUCAUCCGAAUGUGCUCCUAUGAGUGGGGCUUCAGUGAAUGGACAGAGUGCUCAACUUCAUGUGGGAAUGGUGUUCAGACCCGUCAGGAUUUCUGCAUCAACCCGCUGACCCGUAAGCGUGUGAGCCCCGUCUUCUGCAGGCACUUCCCCAAGUCCAUCGUGCUGCGUGGCUGCUCCGCGGGGCCCUGCCCCGAGCAAGCCGUGGUGGCCAAGCCCCACGGAGCAGAGCUGCACGCCGUGACACCAGCCGCACGUCCGGCCACUGCCGUAACUGCCACGCGGGCAGGAUAUAAGGGCCUAGAUCUUCUUCCGUCUCCUCUGCCGCCUCUUCCUCAGGAACCAACAGAGGAGAGUGGUGGAGAUGUCUGUGGGAAGCUCUUACUUAAAGCCACCGGCAUCAUCAACAUGACGGGUGUGGAGAGCAGGGACUGCACGGUGACCGUUGGCCGUCCUCUCGGGGAGGAGAUAACAGUCAGCGUUCUGGAGAGCUCCCUCAACUGCACUGCAGGUGAGUUCCUGCUGUUUUCUGGGCGCAUGAUGUGGCGGAAGGGCUGCAGGAAGCUCCCCUUGUCACUGAUCAAUUCCAGAACAAAUACCCUGCUUGUGAAACAGAGGCUUUUGAUGCCAGGGAACGGAGUCAUUCUUCAGUACAGCAGCAGAGUGGCAACUAAAAAAUAUUACCAAGACUGUGACAAGCAGCUGUUUGGUCCCCAAGGUGAAAUAGUUUAUCCUGUGCAGUCCUCUGGUCAAAGGCAAGGCGUGUGUCGGACCUUCAUCAACGUGGCCCCUCGGCACCGCGUCGCCAUCCACGCCCUGUACAUUGACCUGGGCCAUGACAGCAACCAAACGCAGUCGAACUAUGUCCUGAUCCGUGAUGUAAACACCAUGAAGAUGAUGGUUUUUCAUGGAAAACAACAGUUCUUCUGGGAAUCAACUGGAAGCCAAGUUGAAAUUGAAUUUCAUGAAAACGUUAAGGAACACAGAACGGGUUUCUGGGCUGAAUAUCAUGUUGCUAAGCCCAAAUAACAAGUGCCAGGACCACUUCAAGUGGAACAAGUUAGUUAUUGCUGCCCUAUCAUGCAAGUCAUUCAAGCCCUUUGCCUUUGCUUCCCUAAAUACUGAGUGAAAACAGUAAUAUAUACCCAAGCCUUUGGGGUGUCAGUUAAUAUUUAUAAACUUAAUGCCAAAGACAUUAUGUAACUACCAAACAUUUAGUAAAUAACCCUCAGGGGCUUUCUGUCUGUAUAGAAUGGUAUUAAUACAGUUAGUGACUUGGACACUAAGUCCUAGGGUUGAUCACUUGUUUUCAGUGUCCCAUCACAAGCCUCUCUUAUGCCAUAAGCAGCUAAGAUUAUGAUUUAAUCAUUAAGCUCACACUCCUGAAGUGUAAAUGCCCCUUAGAAGUCCCCAGGUCUGUUUUACACAUCAAUUCAUGUGUGAGGACAGAGACCUACCUGAGAAUAGGAUAUUAGGAUGGAAGGACUAGACAAAUGCAUGAGGGCAAAACAGUUUCUUUGCAACCACUUCUGUGGUGUUGCUACUACUUAUUUGACAGUGACACAAGUACUUCUUUCCCCUGAGAAAAUAAAACACUAUGAGAAAAUAUCUGUUUCUUAACAGUGAACUUGGUGCCGAGAUGUAUUUAGUCAGAUAGCAACAGUAGCUGUGCUAAUAAUCUGCUCAAAUCUUCACUUCACAGGAACUGUGCAGU